AUGGUAAGUCUUACUGUCCAUCAGAGAAUCCACACUAGAGAGGAACCUUAUGAAUCUUACCAAUGUGGAAAGGAUUUUACAGACAAUAAAUCACUGACUCUACAACAGACACUCCACAUUGGAGAGAAACCAUAUGAAUGUAACCAAUGUGGAAAGGCCUUUACACAAAGGGGAAGUCUUACUAGACAUCAGAGAAUCCACACUGGAGAGAAACCAUAUGAAUGUAAACAGUGUGGAAAGGCCUUUAGGCAAAGGGGAGGUCUUACUAGACAUCAAACAAUCCACACUGGAGAGAAACCUUAUGAAUGUAAGCAGUGUGGAGAGACUUUUAGGUAUAAGAUAAGUCUUAUUGUACAUCAGAAAAUUCAUACAGAAGAAAAACCUUAUGAAUGUAAGCAGUGUGGAAAGGCUUUUAGAUAUAAGACAAGUCUUAUUGGACAUCAAGGAAUCCACACUGGAGAAAAACCUUAUGAAUGUAACAUAUGUGGAAAGGCCUUUAGGCAAAUGGGAAAUCUUACAGCCCAUCAGAGAAUCCAUACUGAAGAAAAACCAUAUCCAUGUUCCCAAUGUGGAAAGGCCUUUAGCCAAAUAGGAAGUCUUACUGCCCAUCUCAGAAUCCACACUGGAGAAAAACCUUAUAAAUGUCAUCAAUGUGGAAAGGCUUUUAGGCAAAUGGGAACUCUUACUGCACAUCAGGCAAUCCAUACUGGAGAGAAACCUUAUGAAUGUACCCAAUGUGGAAAGACCUUUAGAUGUAAAAAAAGUCUUAUUAGACAUCAGAGAAUCCACACUGGAGAGAAACCUUAUGAAUGUAAGCAGUGUGGAGAGACUUUUAGGUAUAAAAUAAGUCUUAUUGUACAUCAGAAAAUUCAUACAGAAGAAAAACCUUAUGAAUGUAAGCAGUGUGGAAAGGCUUUUAGAUAUAAGACAAGUCUUAUUGGACAUCAGGGAAUCCACACUGGAGAAAAACCUUAUGAAUGUAACCAGUGUGGAAAGGCUUUUAGGCAAAUGGGAAAUCUUACUGCCCAUCAGAGAAUCCACACUGAAGAGAAACCAUAUCCAUGUUCCCAAUGUGGAAAGGCCUUUAGCCAAAUAGGGAGUCUUACUUCCCAUCUCAGAAUCCACACUGGAGAAAAACCUUAUCAAUGUCACCAAUGUGGAAAGGCUUUUAGGCAAAUGGGAACUCUUACUGCCCAUCUCAGAAUCCACACUGGAGAGAAACCUUACGAAUGUAAGCAAUGUGGAAAGCCUUUUACGCAAAGGGCACCUCUUACUAGACAUCAGAGAAUCCAUACUAGAGAGAAAUCUUAUGAAUGUAAGCAUUUGUGUAGAGACUUUUAGAUAUAAGAACAUUCACACAGGAGAGAAACCUUAUGAAUCUAACUAUAAUAACUAUAAUAAGGAAAGGACUUUAUCAAAAUCUGAUUGGUUAGCGCCACAUCUGGAGAAAGGUAAAGGUAUUAAAUUAAGGAGGAAAAUGAAUCAGGUAUAUGAGAAGAUGUGGUGGUAUUGAUGCCUUUUAUAUUUAGCCUUCUCUAGCCAUAACCCUUAGGACAUAGGGAGGAAGGAAACAUAAAAGAUGACUGGGGAUAGCAGAUAGAUUCUUAUGCAUAUUGGAUCUUCUUUUCCACCUGGUUAUCUAUUUGAAGAGUAGUGUGGCGGAAUGUAAAGAUCACUAGAUUUGGAUUCAGAAGAUAUUGUUUGAAAUUUGGGUUCUGUACCUUUCUCUUUUUAGCAAAAUAAUUUCACUUAAUGGGACUUGGGGCAUUUAAAAAGAAUUAGGUUCUCUUCUGAUUCCAAAUUCUGUGGAGGAAUCAAGAAAUCAAAGAACAGCUUGAAGAUGAAGUCUACCACUUCUUCUUGCUGGAUUACCAGCUUCAGAUUAGAGCUAAUAACUCAAAUUACUUCAAUAAGCCUUCUGUAUCUGACUGGAGUUUGGAAAAGCAGAAAGAUAGGAGGAAUUCUAAACCUAGAUCAUUGUGUCAUUCCUAAGUGAACAACUCUGCAAUUCCUGUAAUAGAUUUCUUGCCAUUUUCAUUCAGGCAAAGAAUUAUAUUUAAUUAAGAUGCUUUUAAGAAUUAAAGAUUUCAUUUCUGAGGUUACAGCUUAUAUCUAUCAAACUGAUAAAGUUGACCCCAAAAGUUGGACAUAGGUUUAGAGGUCUAUAGGAUUAGAGUAACAAUAGCAAAUAUGUUUAAGUAUAAAUUGGUCCAGCUGUUGCAUAAAAUGCAAGUGGAUAGCAGACUGAAUUAAAAGCCAAAAUCCUACAAUAUGUUGUUUACAAGAAACACAUUUAAAGCAGAGUGACACAUACAGAGUGAAGGAAAAGAGCUGGAGUAGAAUCUAUUAUGCUUCAAGUAAAAUAAAAUUAAAAAAAAAAAAAGCAGGGGUAGUGAUCCUGAUUUAGAUCAGACAAAAGCAAAAAUAGAUCUAAUUAAAAGAGUGAAGAAAGAAAACUAUAUCUUGCUAAAGGCUACUAUAGAUAAUAAAGUGAUAUCUAUUCUAAACAUAUGUGCACCAAAGUAGUUUAGCAUCCAAAUUCCUAGAGAAGUUAAGAGAGCUGCAAGAAGAAAUAGACAAGAAAACUAUAAUAGUGGGAGAUCUCAACCUUGCUCUUUCAGAACUAGAUAAAUCAAACCACAAACUAAAUAAGAAAGAAGUUAAGGAGAUAAAGAAAAAGUUAGGUGUGUUAUAUCUUUGAAGAAAAUUGAAUGAAGACAGAAAGAAGUACGCUUUUUUUCUGGGUGGUUUAUGAAUCCUAUACAAAAAUUGACUAUAUAUUAGGGCAUAAAGACCUCAAAAUCAAAUGCAGAAAGCAGAAAUAGUAAAUGUAUUUUUUUUUCAGAUCAUGAUAUAAUAAAAAUUACAUGCAAUAAAAGACCAGGGAAAAAUAGACCAAAAAUUAAGGAACCUACAUAAUCUAAUCCUAAACAAUGAAUAGGUGAACCAACACAUCAUAGACAGAAUUGGUAAUUUCAUCCAAGAGAAUGACAGUAAUGAGACAACAUACCAAAAUUUGUGGUAUGCGGCCCCAAAGGGGAAAUUUUAUAUCGCUAGAAACAUACUUGCAUAAAAGAGAGAAAGAGAAGAUCAGUGAACUGGGCUUGCAAUUUAAAAAAGCUAGAAAAAGAACAAAUUAAAAUCCUCCAAUUAAAUACCAAAUUUGAAAUUCUGAACAGAAAAGGGGAGAUUAAUAAAAUUGAAAGUAAGAAAACUUGAUUUAAUAAAUAAAAUUGACUUGCUUUCAUGAAAAAACUAACAAAAUAGAUAAACUUUCAGUUAAUUUGAUUAGAAAAAGGAAAGAAAAAAUCAAAUAGUCUCAAAAAUGAAAAGGGAGAACUUUUCAUCAAGGAAGUGGAAAUUAGAGCAAUAAUCAGGAGUCAUUUUGCCUAACUAUAUAUCAAUAAAUUUGAUAAUCUAAGUGAAAUGGAGAAAUACCUACAAAAUUAGAUUGUCUUAACAGAAGAAAUGAAUUAUUUAAUUUGUCACAUUUUAGAAAAAUAAAUAUAAGAGAUUGAUCAACUCCCUAAGAAAAAGUUUCCAGGGCCAGAUGGAUUUACAAGUGCAUUCUACCAAACAUUUAAAGAACAAUUAAUUCCAAUACUAUGCAAGUUAUGUGAAAAAAAAUAGAGGCAGGAGUCCUACCAAAUUCCUUUUAUGACAUAGAUAUGGUGCUAAUAAUAUCCAAACCAGAUAGGGUGAAGAAAAUUAUAGACCAAUUUUCUUAAUGAAUAUUGAUGCAAAAGUUUUAAAUAAAAUAUUAGUAAAGAGAUUACAGAAAGUUAUCCCCAGGAUAAUUCACUACGACCAAGUAGGAUUUAUAACAGGUAUGCAGGGUUGCUUCACUAUUAGGAAAAGUAUUAGCAUAAUUGACUAUAUCAGUAACCAAAUUAAUAAAAAUCAUGACUAUCUCAAUAGAUGCACAAAAGGCAUUUGAUAAAAUCCAAAAUCCAUUCCUAUUUUUAAAAAAGAGAAAAUAUAGGAAUAAAUGGAUUAUUCCAUAUAUUGAUCAGUAGCAUCUGCUACUAAAACCAUCAGCAAGCAUCAUAUGGGAAUAAACUAGAAACAUUCCUAGUAAGAUCGGGGCAAAACAAAGUUGCCUACUAUUAACGUUACUAUUCAACAUUGUAUUAGAAAUGUUAGCUUUGUCAAUAAGCAAAGAAAAAAAGAUUAAAGGAAUUAGAGUAGGUAUUAAUGAAGUCAAAUUAUUACUUUGCAGAUGAUAUGGUGACAUACUUAGUAAACCCUAGAGAAUCAACUAAAAUACUACUAGAAACAAUUCACAACUUUAGCAAAGUUGCAGGAUACAAAAUUCACAAGUCAUCAAACAGAAGAUAGAAUAUAUGAAGAAAAGUCAAUGGAAAUAAAACUACAAAAAUAGACGGGUCAAAUUAGAAAAUAAUUUGAAUGCCAUACAGAUCAUUUUUCUUCCUUGAUACAAUUAAGAACUGGAAUAUUUUAAUAAUAUAGAGGUUUUCAGAGUUGAAAAGGAAAAAAAAAGGAGAAAAACAAGUUACAUUGCUUUGGAGAAAUUACAAAACUUUCCCUCAACUCAAAAACCAAAAUAUGAUUAAGUCUGUGCUUUCAGAAUAUCAUUUUUCUUUUUUAAAAAAAAUUUUUAUUAUAGCUUUUUAUUUACAAGAUAUAUACAUGGGUAAUUUUUCAGCAUUGACCCUUACACAACCUGUUUCAACUUUUCCCCUCCUUCCCCCCACUCCUCCCCUAGAUGGCAGGUAGACCAAUGCAUGUUAAAUUUUAAAGUGUAUAUUAAAUACAAUAUAUGUAUACGUAUCUAUAGUUAUUUUGCUGCACAAGAAAAAUUGAACUUAGAAAUAAGGAAAAAAUGACCUGAGAAGGAAAUAAAAAAUGCAAGUGGACAAAAA